AUGUUGGGCAAGCGAGCCAGUCGGCUGGGCGUCAAAGACCUGGAUGACCUGGGCCUUCCAGAGAGGGAAGUGCUCCGAAUGAAGGCGAAGAUGACACCGUCGGGACGGAACGCGGGGCAGAAGCGGGCAAGGGAGGAGUCACCAAGCCGGGGCCGUGCCACACGGAAGAAGUAG